CCCUCGCAAUCUUAUUUCGAGGUCGAAGGAGGGUGAUCAGUUGCCGUCAAUUUGCGAAAUCUCUCUUCAUGUUCAGGAGUUUUUGAGUCUUUGAGGACAGCAAGUGUGUGAUUCUAACGCGAUGGAUUCAAGACUGAAUAGGAUUUUCGCCGGGAGCGGUGGAGGGGGUGGCCCGCACCCAGACUCGCCUCUCGUUGAUUCAUCGGAGCAAGUCUACAUUUCUUCCCUGGCGUUGCUUAAAAUGCUUAAACAUGGUAGAGCGGGAGUUCCUAUGGAAGUGAUGGGACUGAUGCUCGGGGAGUUUGUGGACGAGUACACUGUUCGUGUCGUAGAUGUAUUUGCUAUGCCUCAGAGUGGAACUGGCGUGAGUGUUGAAGCAGUUGACCCCGUUUUUCAAACGAAGAUGCUCGACAUGCUCAAGCAAACUGGCCGGCCUGAGAUGGUCGUUGGGUGGUAUCAUUCACAUCCAGGGUUUGGCUGCUGGUUGUCUGGCGUGGAUAUCAAUACGCAACAGAGUUUUGAAGCUUUGAAUCAAAGAGCUGUGGCAGUAGUGGUGGAUCCAAUCCAAAGUGUGAAAGGAAAGGUUGUGAUUGAUGCUUUUCGAUUGAUCAACCCCCAGACAAUGAUGUUGGGACAGGAGCCUAGGCAGACCACUUCAAAUGUUGGUCAUCUUAACAAGCCUUCCAUUCAGGCUUUGAUUCAUGGAUUGAACCGACACUAUUAUUCUAUUGGCAUUAAUUAUCGGAAGAAUGAAUUGGAAGAGAAAAUGCUUUUGAACCUUCACAAGAAGAAGUGGACUGAUGGACUCACUCUGCAACGAUACGACGAACAUGGAAAAACUAAUGAGUCCACGGUGAAGGAAAUGUUAGAUCUCGCAAUCAAGUACAAUAAGGCUGUGCAAGAAGAAGACCAGCUCAGUCCAGAGAAGUUGGCUAUUGCCAAUGUGGGGCGUCAAGAUGCAAAGAAGCAUUUAGAAGAGCAUGUCUCUAAUUUGAUGUCUUCCAAUAUUGUGCAGACCUUGGGAACCAUGCUUGACACCGUUGUCUUCUAGUGGAUGUGCUUUAUAUGGUAUCUAGGAACUGUCCUCAUUUUUGGUGAAGUACAUAUCCAUAGAAGAACUCCAAGCUCAAUGAAACUGUCCUUGUUAAUUGUAAUUUCUUUUUCCACGCUUUUCUUCA